AUGAUUUUCUUUUGCCAGCCUGCACCUGUGAAACCAAACUAUGCCCUGAAAUUCACAUUGGCAGGACACACCAAAGCCGUCUCCUCUGUAAAAUUCAGUCCCAACGGGGAGUGGCUGGCUAGUUCUUCGGCUGAUAAGCUUAUUAAAAUUUGGGGUGCUUAUGAUGGCAAGUUUGAAAAAACAAUGUCUGGACAUAAACUGGGAAUCUCUGAUGUUGCUUGGUCAUCUGAUUCUAAUCUUCUUGUCUCUGCCUCGGAUGACAAAACUCUCAAAAUUUGGGAUGUCAGCUCGGGGAAAUGCUUAAAAACUCUGAAGGGGCACAGCAACUAUGUCUUCUGCUGCAAUUUCAACCCUCAGUCAAACCUCAUCGUCUCAGGAUCGUUUGACGAAAGCGUCAGGAUCUGGGACGUCAAAACGGGGAAGUGCCUGAAAACACUGCCAGCCCACUCGGACCCCGUUUCUGCCGUGCAUUUUAACCGCGAUGGCUCCCUGAUCGUGUCUAGCAGCUACGAUGGCCUGUGCCGGAUCUGGGACACGGCUUCUGGCCAGUGCUUGAAAACGUUGAUUGAUGACGACAAUCCCCCCGUGUCAUUUGUGAAAUUCUCUCCAAAUGGCAAAUAUAUUCUAGCAGCAACUCUGGAUAACACUCUCAAGCUUUGGGACUACAGCAAAGGGAAGUGCCUCAAGACCUACACGGGCCACAAGAACGAGAAGUAUUGCAUCUUUGCCAACUUUUCUGUUACUGGCGGAAAGUGGAUCGUGUCGGGUUCGGAGGACAACCUAGUUUACAUCUGGAACCUCCAAACAAAAGAGAUUGUACAGAAGCUGCAGGGGCACACAGACGUUGUGAUCUCCACGGCUUGCCAUCCGACCGAAAACAUCAUUGCCUCUGCAGCCCUAGAGAACGACAAAACGAUUAAACUUUGGAAGAGUGACUGUUAAGUGCUUUUGGCACCGGCAUCAUGUAGAGACUGUUGGGGUGGUGUCCAUAAAAUUGGAGGGUAUUUUGUGUUUGUGUUUUUUAAAAAAGGAAAAAAAAAAACCCCACAUUUCAGCCGCAUUAGCAGGAAAUCUGGAGUGAUGUUGCAGCCUCGGCUGAUGGAGAAUGGAAGCAUCCUUUCCUUGGGCCCGGCCCUUGUGCUGGGAACCCCUUGGCUUUUUUCAGAGAAGGCUUAUCGUCCCUGCUUGGAGUGGGGGUGUUUGGUUGCCCCCCCCAGCUAGAAAGAAGGUGAAUCUUUUUAAAGUUCUUAUUUAAGAGCCAGCUAAGGCAGAGGAGCUCUGUGCUUAACGAUACGCCUCAUCAGUGAAGACAAGAAUAUUUUCAGUGCGACCAAAUAAAUGUGUCCC